AUGCCUCAAUGCAUAAGGAAUAUUGGAAUUGAAGGAGAUUUUUUGCGUAUUCGCUUGGCCAUAAAAAGCCCUGCUCAGAACGCAGGAACGAAAGAAAGAAAUGCGGAGCCGGAGUAUGAAGAAGAGGCAGAGUUUCCAAGGGCUUUUGUGAUGGCGGUUAAAACUCGCGGCAUGACUCUUGACGAGGUGUACGAUUUGACCCGGAUUAUGUCGAAUCACAGCAAGACGCUCGACUGGCAUCAGGAAACAUGGGCAAAUCGAGUCGUUGACAAACACAGCACCGGAGGCAUCGGCGAUAAGACAAGCCUGAUUCUGGCGCCGCUAACCACAUAUUCACGUGCCAAUACAGCGCCACUUCUCCAUGCUAACACAGCAAAGCCUUGCUUCAACUACUUGUCCAUGGAAAGUCCCGAUUCUUGUCUCUCAGAGAUCCAGCAGGCCUUCACCACAGCAAUGUAG